AUGCUAGACAUACAGCUUCGACCGAUCAAGGACACACUAUUCGAUUCCGUUACGCCCCUUGUCCCUCGCGCUCUUUCGCCGCUCGGUAUCACGAUUCUGGCCUUUGUCUCUGGAGCUCUUUCCUGCCUCUACGCCGCUUCCAACAACAAUCUGAUGAGUACCACGUUUUGGGCACUGAACAGAACACUGGAUUGUCUCGAUGGAGCUGUCGCCCGAAAACGCAACCAGUCUUCAGAUCUUGGUGGCUUCUUCGACCUUUUAGGCGAUUUCAUCGUCUAUUCAGCCAUUCCUAUCUGCUGCGCUCUAGCGCAUAACGAGGACCGCAGUGCGAAGAGCAUCUGGCUGUCAGUGGCUAUCCUGGAAGCCUCAUUCCAUGUCAACAACUUUGUCUUGUUCUACAUAGGCGCCAUUUUGGAGAAGCGCAAAGGUAGCGGUAAGGGCGACAAUAUGAGCAGAAUAAAAGAGUUGACCAGCGUCGCGAUGCGACCAGCACUCAUUGAAGGCACAGAAAGCGCUGCUUUCUUUACGGCCAUGCUCAUAUACCCUAGCUACCUACAACAGCUCUCUUGGACGAUGGCUCUACUAGUAUGCUUAGGUAUUGCCCAAAGAACAAAGUGGCUGGUGGAAGCGCUCGGAUAG